AUGAGAUUAGAAGCUCAAUCCACAGAAGCAGAUCGCACAGAUCCUGCACCAGCAAAGCCCAGCAUGUAUACCACAUCAUUCGCCUUUUUUGAGGCCCUGGUCGAAGCAGGCGUCAAGAACUGCUUCGUCAAUCUCGGGUCUGACCAUCCUAGUAUUCUCGAGGCUAUGGUCAGGGGCCAGCGGGAACUGAAAGAUAAAUUUCCCAGGAUCAUCACGUGUCCGAAUGAAAUGGUAGCGCUGUCCAUGGCAGAUGGAUAUGCGAGAUUGAGUGGCGAGGCACAGUGUGUUAUUGUGCAUGUUGACGUAGGUACCUCUGCUCUUGCGGCGGCUAUUCACAAUGCUGCUAUGGGAAGAGCGCCGGUUUUGAUUUUUGCGGGCUUGUCGCCUUAUUCUAUCGAGGGAGAACUUCUUGGCUCAAGAACUGAGUUUAUCCACUGGAUUCAAGAUGUUCCUGAUCAGAAGCAGAUUGUUUCUCAGUACUGUCGUUAUGUAGGGGAGAUCAAGACUGGAAAGAACGUCAAGCAAAUGGUCCGUCGCGCCCUCCAACUUGCAACAAGCCAUCCCCAAGGACCCUCGUAUCUCAUGGGCGCCCGCGAAGUCAUGGAAGAAACCAUCGAACCAUACACCAUCAACUCCGCCUUCUGGAAGCCCGUCGCACCCGCAGCCCUCCCCCAAGAAGCCGUGCAAGAAAUUGCAGAAGCAUUAGUCAACGCGUCUGACCCACUGGUCAUCGUCGGCUUUACCGGACGAAAUCAUGCAGCUGUUGAACCUCUCGUCACACUGGCGAAUACUAUCAAGGGAUUGAGGGUUCUUGAUACGGGAUGCUCGGAUAUGUGCUUCCCUGCUGAUCACCCUGGAUGGUUGGGUAUGAAGUACGGCGUUGACUCGGCGAUUCAGAAUGCGGAUGUCUUUCUUAUCUUGGACUGUGAUGUUCCGUGGAUUAACAAGCUCUGCAAGCCAAAGAAAGACGCGAGGAUCUUCCAUCUUGAUGUUGAUCCGUUGAAGGAGAGCAUGUUGGUGUUUUAUAUUGAUGCUGAGCAGCGAUACCGUGUUGAUGCCGAGACUUCUCUGAGGCAGAUCACAGAUUAUCUCCGGGCGUCGCUAUCUGAGAAGCUAGCUACCGCCGAGUUUGAUCGCCGAGAACAAUCUUUGCAAAAGUCAUACGCGGAACGUAUCCAAACGCUUGAUGCGAAGGCCAAGCCUCUUGACUCAGGCAAGCUCACAACAGACUACGUCUGCUCAACGUUACGCGCCAAGUUACCCGAAGAUACAAUCUGGGCCGUCGAGGCCAUCACAAACAUGAUCUCCGUCGCUGAUCAAAUCCGCGCUACCAUCCCCGGCCAAUGGAUCCACUGCGGCGGCGGCGGUCUCGGCUGGAGCGGAGGCGGUGCACUAGGUAUCAAACUCGCCGCCGACGCAGCAGAUGCUCUCAUCCCCGGUAAGCGCAAACGCUACGUCGUGCAAAUCGUAGGCGACGGGUCAUACAUGUUCUCCGUGCCUUCAAGCGUUUACUGGAUCUCUGCGCGUUAUGGCAUUCCUGUUCUGACCAUUGUGCUGAACAACCUUGGAUGGAAUGCGCCAAAGAGAUCUAUGCUCCUGGUUCAUCCUGAUGGACCUGCUUCGAGGGCGACGAAUGAGGAGUUGAAUAUAUCUUUUGCGCCGAGUCCGGACUAUGCGGGUAUCGCGAAGGCUGCUAGUAACGGGGUGAUCUUUGGGGUGAGGGUUGCUGAUGUUGAGGAGUUUCAGAGUGCAUUGGUUGGGGCGGUCGAGAGCUUGGAUAGAGGCGUGUCAGCUGUGUUGGACGUGGCGAUUUAA